GCGGACUCGAUAAAAGGUCAGUACGGCUGCUGAAAUCGUCGCGACAAAGUCGCGCAUACAUGUGCCAGAGAUGAACCAUUCGUACGAGAAGAACUGCGAAUGCAAAAAUAACUACGAUUCGACCUCUAUCGAGUUGCUGAAUUACGAGAGCGGAUACUACCCGAGCAGCAGCUGCAGAUCGAGACUCUCGACGGGCUUUCGCUGCGUCUUCAAUGCUCUGGUGAUUCUCGGUCUGGCCUACGCCCUCUGGCGCGUCCACGCGAUCGACGAGACCCUCGGGGCCCACGAGAAGCUCGACAGCGUAACGCAACUGAUCAGGCACGAGCACGGCCGGGCGAGGUUCGCUCGAUCCCUCAAAGCCGGCGACUCGAAUGGCUUCGAGGCGAGCGACAAGCAGCUGCCACGGGGCUCUCUGCCGAGCUCGAAGAACGAGCCAGCCCCCGUCGCGACGCAGAAACCGGCCCUCGCCAAGGACACCUUCGAGGACAUGGUCAACGCCUUGUUUUACCAAAUACGGAAGAUGCACAACGACACGGAGCGAUCGAACUUCGACAACAACAUGAAAGCCGUCUUUCAGGCUUGGUUCCCGGUUUUCGAGGCCCUGCUGCCGAGCGAGAUCAGCAGCGAGUUGAGGGACAAGAGACAAGCGCCACCCAAGAGCAGCGAAGAGUCGUCCGAAGAGAAGAAGCCUCGAGCUUAAAAUCUUCCUUAAUAUUGUAAUUGUGAAUCUGCUUUAACAUUUUCGACACACGUAUAAAUAAAGGUAUUUUCGGAUGCGCAUGUCGAUGAA